UUCUGCUUUUGCAGCAGAACAAUCCCACUUAUAUAAGCAAAUCAGAACAGGAUAUAUAUCUCGAUGACUUGAAGCUCUUUCAGAUCAGAUCACACAAUAUUCUUCUUCGUCUUCUUCUUUUGGUUCUUCUAUUGCUACACAAAGAGACCAAGCUUUCUCAGAACCAUCAUCAUUCUCAUUCCAGCUCCAAUCAAGGUUUAAAACACGGGUCAAGUAAUCCGCAACCCUUAAUGGGUCACCAGAGCCCGACUCCUCCGCUGCCACGUAAACACAACGAUGGGCAGUCACCGGAGUCGAGCUCAUCGGACAGUGCAGCCACCGCAAUCAGCAGAGCGAAGAAGAGCCGCUACCCUGUAGACGACGACGACGACGGCGCCGGUGAUCGUGUCGAGUGUUCCGGGAAGUACUGCCGGUCAUGCAGCGCCGGCAUGAUCGCCGAUUGCGUGGCGCUGUGCUGCUGUCCCUGCGCGCUGGUCAACCUUUUGACUCUGGUUUUCGUCAAAGUGCCGUGGAUGGUAGGGAGGAGGUGUUUGAGGUUAGGCAAGAACAAGAACAAGAUCAAGAGCCAGGGGCAGACACGGAAGUCGAAGCAAAAGUGCAAGAGUAAGAAGAAGACGAAGCAUUGUGGUCAGAUGAGUGGUAGUAGUAGUCACCGGCAGAGGCGGUGCGCGGUGGAGGAGGAGUUGCCGGCGGAGAUAGCGUGCUAUGCGUUCGGGUUUGAUGAUCGGGAGGAGGAGAAGGAGGAAGAGGAGGACUGUGUGAGUAGUGCAGAGAGGGUAUGGUUGGAAUUGUACCAGGUAGGGCACUUGGGUUUUGGGAGGGUUUCGUUUAGUGGUGGGGGUGUUCAGGCUGUGCAGGGAAAGUCCAAUUAGGGGACAUGAA